CCCGUAUAUAUUAUUUUGGUGGCUGACCCAAGAAUGUGCUCCAGCCCAAAUCAAGCCCAGAAGCAAAAUUUUCGUCUCUCCUCGUCAGCUUCAAGCCUUCAACCAAUUACUAUAAUUCGGAAAUUUGCCUGAGAAAAUCAAGAAAGCUCCGAUGGGUGAGAUCCGUGGAAGUACCUCCUCCGUCGACGAUGAUCUGUUGCUCAAGAAAUUCUUUGCCGAAGUUAGCGAGGUUGAGCGCGACAACGAAGUCAACAGGAUCCUUUCGUGCUUCAAGUUAAAUGCUUUUGAGUACCUUAACCUACCAUUUGAUUCCUCUAUAGAUGAUGUGAAAAGGCAAUAUCGUAAGCUAUCUUUGCUUGUUCACCCUGAUAAAUGUAAGCAUCCACAAGCAAAGGAGGCAUUUGGAGCAUUAGCAAAAGCCCAACAAUUAUUACUCGAUCCACAAGAGAGAGAUUAUAUUUUGAACCAAGUUAAUGCUGCCAAAGAAGAACUUCGAUCAAAGAGGAAGAAGCAGCUGAAGAAAGACAAUGCAACUAAGAUAAAGUCACUAGUGGACGAGGGAAAAUACGAGCAGGAAUUUGAAAGGUCAGAUGAAUUUCAGCAGCAGUUAAAAUUGAAAGUCCGAGAAAUCUUAACUGAACAAGAGUGGAGGAGAAGGAAGAUGCAGAUGAGGAUAUCAGAGGAGGAAGGUAGAUUAAAGAAAGACGAAGAGGAAACCAAAGAGAUGUGGAAACGAAAGCGUGAGCACGAGGAGCAAUGGGAAGGCACUCGUGAACAGAGGGUUAGUUUUCUCGUCUGUUUAUCUUGUAGCAUUAUUAUUUUAGCUGCUUGUUCUAGAGAAUGUGAUGUAAUCGUUUCAGUUUUCUUGUUUGGAUUGGACGUUUCCAGCUGGAGGGACUUCAUGAAAGGUGGAAAAAAGGUUAAGAAAGGAGAGUUCCGACCUCCAAAGCUUAAGACUGAGGAUCCAAACAAAUCUUAUGUCCAAAGGCCAGUAAAACGAGGAUGAUCGUCAUUGUCCUAGUUCUUUUGGCUAAUAUAACAUGGCAGUUGCUCAAAAAACAUUUGAAUGGUUGGUUAUAGAAAUCACUCCAUCAUCUACAGUUGCUGUAAUUUACAGUGUACCCUCGGCAACACAGCCAAGCACCUCGAACGCACGUAUUAAUUAAUUUCAAGUUUUAGUAAUUUACAGUGUCCUCUUGACAACACAUCUAAGCACCUCGUGCUUUCAUUGUCUGUUUACAUUAAUUAAUAUUAAUUGUUAGAUUCAUAUGAUUUCACUGCCCAACUGCUGGUAGUAGAACAAUUUAGAAAUAGAAAAAUGAAGGAAAUAGAAGUUCAGUGAAUGUAUUUCUAUUUUAGUACACUCGUAAUGUCUCACGACCCAAAACUGACCGAUGUUUCCCAAAUACGAAAAACCAGAAAGUGCUUCUUACCUUAACAGUUCACACAAUCGUUACACUGGACACGGAGCAGAAACAAAUUACACAAAGGCAACACCCCCUCAAUAUUUUAUACAUGAACCAAUCAAAGCAGACAUUGAAUUACACCCCCUCAAUAUUAUACAUGAAUCAAUCCAACAUGGAAUUAUCAAACCAGACAUCUCCACCAAACACGUAUAAGGACCUCAUGUCCUCUUGAAAACACCGAUUUAAAGAAAAAUAGUAACAAUACAAGCCUACAAGGACCCAAGGACAAAAAAAAAAAAAAAAAAAAA